AUGAGCAACAAUCCAGUGCACUCUCCCGAUGCGGCACCAGCUUUCAUUGAUGCCGUGAUUGUUGACAACUGCCUGCCAGCCACCAGGGUUGAGCCAUGUCGCGUGUUUUUGUCUAGUCAACCAGCACAAAAAUUCCGGUGCAAAGCGCACCCAGUGAAUCUGCGGGCGAAGCUUUCGAGCGUUUGCAAGGGGGUCGACUCGGAGGGCAAAGAUUCUUGA